CCAGAAACCACCAAAACCGGACGGGUAAGAGCUGGUUGGAUUUUGGAAACCCCUUCUUUCUUUUAUAUAUAUAUAUAUCUUCUCCAUUAAUCCACACCUCCGUUGGAUUCAGGAGAAUCGUUUUUACGCCAUAAUCGAAGCUCUAUCUUUCGAGUCUUCAAUCAUGAGUUUCUUCAAAAGCUAAUUCACGUUAUUCUUGUUUCAUUCAUUUAUUUUUCUUCUUUGAAUCCGCUCUCUGAAGAGAGAAAAGAGAGGGGAGGGAAAUGACAUCGGGGUUCUCCGGGGGUGGCACAGAGUUUUACGGUAGAAUAGCAGGCGGAUCCGUCUCUAACAGUGGCUCCAUGAGCAACAACCAACCCACCGCACCGUACGGGACACAUGGAAUCUUCAUGGACCCAACGUCUCAGAUCGUGAACAGAGCCGCACCCAGUUUCGUCGGCAAGCGAACACGAGCUGACUUCAAUAACCACGGCCUCAAUAAUCUUUAUCCCCGUCCACGAUACGGGGUGCCGGUUUUACAGCAGCUGAGGCCGCAGCAACUUCCUCUCGGUAUCAGCUCCGGAGCCACAAUCCAGGACGUGAACCCUGGUUUCUCAAGCGCUCAGUACUUGAACUUGGUGCAAGCACGGGUGGUCCAGGCGCAAGACCCGGAAAAGAAGAUGAUGAAUCAGCUUCAAGAGCUGGAGAAACAGCUACUAGACGACGACAACGAGGAGGAAGGAGAUGCCGUUUCGGUGAUUACCAAUAGCAACAGCGAAUGGUCAGAAACUAUACAAACCUUGAUCAGUUCGAGCAGCCCUAACAAGCCGAUUGCCACAUCGCCUACUUCUUCAACUACUUCAUCCUCUUCGUCCACGUCAUCGGUGGCUUCUCCAGUUUCUCUUUGUUCAAAGCAGACAAUAAUGGAGGUUGCAUCAGCUAUUUCCGAGGGCAAAACUGACGUCCUAAACGAGAUCCUGGCCCGAUUAGCUCAACUUGCUAAUGCUAAAGGGAAUUCAGAGCAGAGGUUGACGGAGUGCAUGUUGUUGGCUCUAAAAUCGCGGCUCAACUCCGUAGAAAGCUCGCCACCGGUGACUGAGUUGUUCAGCAAGGAACACGCUGCAGCGACUCAGUUGCUCUAUGAUCUGUCUCCUUGUUUUAAGCUCGGGUUCAUGGCUGCUAAUCAGGCUAUCCUCGAUGCCACUUUGGACCAACCAAGCUGUAAUAAGUUACAUGUUAUAGAUUUUGAUAUUGGGCAAGGAGGGCAGUAUACAACUCUUCUCCACGCGCUCUCUGAGCGUGGGAGAGGGAACCCUGCCAUGAUAAAGAUCACUUGUAUUGCUGAUAAUGGUGGGGAUGAGAGGUUGAAGACGGUUGGCUCUAAGCUGAGUCUAGUUGCUGAGCGGCUCGGAGUUCGUUUAAAAUUUACUGUGGUACCGAGUCUUAAACUCAGCGAUCUGAGUCGAGAGUCACUCGGCUGCGAACUCGACGAGCCUUUGGCUGUCAAUUUCGCGUUCAAGCUUUAUCGAAUGCCGGACGAGAGCGUAUCAGUGGAAAAUCCGAGAGACGAGCUUCUCCGUCGCGUGAAAAGAUUGGCGCCGUGCGUGGUAACGUUAGUGGAACAAGAGAUUAACACCAAUACGGCGCCGUUUGCCUCAAGGGUGGGAGAAGCAGUUGGAUAUUACGGAGCUUUGUUUGAGUCGAUUGAGUCGACCUUUGGGAGGGAGAACUCAGAACGAGUGAAGGUGGAGGAAGGUCUGUUGCGCAAAAUUGCCAACUCCGUUGCGUGUGAAGGGAGGGACCGCGUUGAAAGAUGCGAGGUUUUUGGGAAGUGGCGGGCCCGGAUGAGCAUGGCGGGGUUCGAGUUAAAGCCGCUGAGUGAAAGCGUUGCAGAGUCGAUACGUGCCAGACUCAAUUGUGGCAACCCGGGAUUCACCGUUAAAGAAGAAAACGGAGGGAUUAGCUUUGGUUGGAUGGGCCGAACUCUCACCGUCGCAUCAGCCUGGCGUUAACUUCACCUUUUUCUCUCUAAUAUUGUUAUUAAUUGCUAGAAGAAAAAGCGAACAAAAUUCCAGCAAACCCAAAUAAUAAAAACUUGUGUUUGGAUUCCUGGAAAUAUUCUCCGCCUGCAUGAUGGGCCAUAGAGUGGAGUUUGCCUUUCACAGGGGGGCUCCACUAUGAAGAUCUAUUUUAUGAUUCUUUAUUUUA